GAUAUUUGCACAAUCUUCCCACAGGACAGAGAUCUCGCAUCCUUCCAAAACCACCAAUGACCAUCCAGGAAGUGAUGCCCCACACCUCAAAAUGGUGGCCUUCAUGGGAUACGAGGAAGCAUCUCAACUACAUUAAUGCAGAGACAUGUGGGGUAUCUCAUAAAGGGGAGUUGGUGCAGAUGGAAGAUGUGCAGAAGCUGGCCAGUAACAGGCUUGAGGUCUUGGUUAAAAAGUAUGGAGGGUUCGAUUUCAUAAUAUGCCAGAACCCUUGCACUUACGCUCAAAAAGCUGACAUGGCUGCUGACAUUGAUGGGCCCGCAGGUUUGGAUUUCACAAUGUUCUAUGAGUUUGUACGUGUAGUGCAACGAGUAAGGAGUAAGAUGGACAGGAGCUGAUGGCCCGCUUAACUUCUUCCAAUGGCGUAACAAACUAAAAAUGGCUUGUGUACUCAUUAUUAGCUUGUAUUGUGUCUUUACUCUUGUGCUAUGUGUAAUGUAUGAUCUUCUGUCAAAGUGUUGAUUAUUUUAAAUGUUAAAUUGAAUUGAAUGAAUAUUUUGCAUUUUU